CGAGUGGAGCCAAGUAGGCAAUUUCAAAAAUAAUAGGCAAUUAAAAGUUAAAUAGAUAUCAACUAUGCCGUGAAAUCGUACUUUAGAUGUACAUCCAAAAAAAUGACACGAUAUAGCAGUACAUUAUUUCUAACUAAACGCUGGCAUAUUUCAACACAUACUUACUUAUAUCUGUCUAAAUUUUUUCAAUAUUCACAUUCAAGGCGGAUUUCAUUAGCUCUAAUAAAAACCUUUUAGCAAUACCACCGUAAUUAUUACAACUUCAAGACGCCAAAUAUAAAAAUAAACAUUGGUCUUGCAGCAACAGCGAUGGGUGCCCCAGCAUGGGGCUCCCGUGGUGGCGGCGACCGGCCGCGUCUCUUGCGCAUGACGCCACUGCGACACAGCUUUGCCGCGCCAGCCUCCCCGCCCGCUCCUCCCGCCCGCGCGCCUGACUACGCUUCCGACGCAGACACUAACAAAAAAGGUAAACAGCUACCAAAAAACACAAACAUUGGUCCUGCAGCAGCAGCGAUGGGCGCCCCAGCAUGGAGCUCGCGUGGCGGCGGUGACCGGCCGCGUUUCUUGCGGAUGACGCUGCUGGGACACAGCAUCACCGCACCUGCCUCCCCGCCCGACGAAGACAUUAACAAAAAAGGUAAACAACUACCAAGAAAAACAAACAUGGACUUGCAGCAGCAGCGAUGGGCACCCAAGCAUAGGCCUAGCGCGGUGGCGGCGAUACUCCUUCUCCACACGCUCACCCCGCCCGCGCGUCGUUCAACGCUUCCAACGCAGACACUAACAAAAAAGGAAGGUUGGAAUGCAAACUUAUCACAAAGGUGGAGAAAGCUCAGACGUCGUUGUUCCCGAUUGAGGCCUGGGUCUGGAACCAGGGAGCCUAGUCCAGUUCGCUGCUCUCCAUCACCGCCCAGACCGCCAUCGCACUGCUCGCCAGCUCCACCUUCAAAGCUUUCCUUCAGGCACCGAGGAAAAGUGUAUACUACAGCUUCAUUGCGUGUUACAAGUGGUGCACCAGAUUUGUUGAGAGCGCUUGGGAAACUAGGAGGAGGAUUGAGGAGAAGAGCUCUAUCAGCACAUGACGUCUUAGCUCCACCGCAACAACAACCGGCAACUUUCUACGUACCUAGUCCAACGGCUGUCCGACAGCCAGCAUCGCCGUCUCCGCCUCGUCAGUCCGCCACGCUUCGACGAAGAUGCAGUUCCCCAAACGUGUACCGUUCCAACAAAACAUCGCCUGCUCCACGAACCCGCACACCUUUAAUAAGUAACGAAGACGAAAGUCGUGAUGUGGUAGACUACAGCUACGUGCCAGAAAGGAGAAAGAAUAGCAAUGAAAGUAGAAGUCGCCGACCAUACAGUGAAAAUGUGGAGUUAGAUGUACCUAUCUACAGGAACGGUUAUAGCCGCUUAACGGCUGAUGAAUCGCAAAGGUUGUGGGAGGAACCGUAUAGGUUACCACGAGUACAAUCGCGGCAAGAUGCGAUGCAGCAUUUGCGCAACGGUGUCGCCGAGUUGAGGGUUAGUGCUACGCCAAGGUCAGCUCGACCGCCCCCCGCGCCACCGUCAAAUCAUCAGAGUAAAAAACCACCGGCACCUGAACCUAGGGAUAAUCAUACAUUCGAAGUUCGUUUUACGAAGUCUGCUGGGGGCAAAGGCCUUGGAUUCAGUAUAGUCGGUGGCAGGGACUCACCGCGAGGAGACAUGGGCAUAUUUGUGAAGACAAUAUUCAACAAUGGCCAAGCUGCUGAGUCCGGUUUAUUGAGAGAAGGUGACGAAAUCGUCUCUGUGAACGGAAGAGGCACCGCUGGGCUCACACACGGCGAGGCAAUCAGACUGUUCAAAGACGUGCGCGCGGGGCCUGUCCUGCUGCGGGUAGCUCGGCGCGCGCCCGUUCGCUGACUGCCCUGCGCCUGCUGCGCGGACGCACGCGCGCAGGCGGCUAACUACUCCACGCUGUAAGGCGUCUAUUAGAUGCUUAUGCAGUCAUUGUCGGAUUGACGGAUGACGCCUAAAAAGUCAUUUGUCACCCCAUUAGAUCAGUCAUAACGUUGACUGCCAGCAAAACUACCGUCUAAUGGCCGCCUAAAAGCCUACUAAAACAAAUUAUAGCUGCGUUCGGUAUUUGCAUCGCAAAGGCGACGGAUUUUUGGUCAUAUCAUCACAGAUUAAUCUGAGCAAAUUGCUAUUACCGAACGGCCCGACCAACCGAAGAUUAAUUUGUAACUUCAAAUAGCAACAACCUUACACCUUACAACAUGACAGAUAACAGAUUAAUCUUUCUUGUUGGUCAAAAUACUCCGAGCAAACUGAUUUAUAUCGGACCGAUCUGAGCGGAAUUACCGAAAGCUUCAGAUUGGCUCUAGAUGUAAUAAAACUAAAAAGAUAAAAAAGAUUGAUCAGACGCAAAUACCGAACGCAGCUUACAAUACCCUUUUUAUGAAUAACUAUGCUAAGCCAAAUAACUUCUACUCCUGUCAACCAUCUGCAAUGUGCCUUGUGACGCUUCCGUAGCAUGAUAAUAAUUUCUUUUACGUGUGGAAUGCACGAUCUGCGGUGUGGGUGGAGGGUUGUGAAAACCAUAUUCACUCAAAUAAUAAACCGAUUACAUUUGACUCGAAUUUUAAUUACUAAAAAUUAAAUAAGUACCGCUUAAUAAAUGACUAUAAUGGAAGGAAAGCAAGAAAAUUACAAAAUAAGAAAAGAGAAACUUGGAAUUUGAUUGGAAAAUUUGGAAUGAAGUUUUAAGGGUGGCUCAGCACAUAUUCAACUAUAAAUGUACCUCUGAAAGGAAUGGGCAUAGAUUUUCUACCCUUUCUUACCCAGAGAAAACGCAUGACGCAUAUUCCGCCGCUGGGUAUGGCGACGGGGUUAUGUGUUACUCACCCUGUCGGCUCAACGGCUAUCUGGGAUGGGGGAACCCUACUCACUAAAAACUCUUGCAUGUGCCCUCCUUGCCGGCGGUGGGUUCCUUAUACAAGUACUUCACAAUGCAAGAUACAAAUUAUUUUAAUGCGAUAUUAGAAGUGCCUCAGAUCUAUUGGUGUUACAUGGAAGUCCUAAGGCUGUUACUACUCUGUUGAGUAAAAAAUACCAACACAGAUUUUCAUAACACAAUAGAGAUUUCAAUUUCACGAUGAACCUUAAAAUAAAUCAAUUGAAUUAUUAUUAAAAACUUAAGAUUUAAAUAAUACAAUAGACUUUCGGCAAUACCAUUAGAUGUUAUCCGAAGAAAAUAUUACGUUAUGCGGGCACUUCGCAUGGCUAUUCGGUUUGUAAUUUGUCAUUUUGACAGCAGGUUAUCCUUUUCAUACUGUAUAGGAAGUGAGUGGGCGAGACUGUUUACAAAUAGCAAAUACUAUUAGCCAUGCUCCAGUAUAAAUAUCUUUCUUGAUUCGAAAAUCGGAAGUUUGACACAGCGUAUUUUAAAUAUUAUGUGACUAUAAUAUACCUCUACCACAAGAAAAUUUAUCGUAUCUGCAUAUCUUAUACAUCACAAAAGGCUUGCACAAAUUAUUUGAAGAAAAUGCGAUUUUCUUUUCUUUUCUUUUUUCUUGUGAGUAAAGGCCAUAUCCGUUUUAUUGAAUAGGCAUUAUUAUGCUAUGUUACCGUAUGUUGUAAAAACAGAAAUUCGUCAUUUUAGUAUCAGAACAAAACUAUCGACAGUUAUUAAUGUAUAGUUUAAUGUCUUCAAUUUAAGAAUAUCACACAUCGAAUUAAAAUGUUCAACUUCAUAAUGAAGCUUGUUAAAAAUGCUAUUAACUAUAAGGCCAAGGCCACACUAGUACGACGACUCUGACGCGACGCGACGCCGACGGCGCAGAACAAUGUUUUUUUUUGGUUGUGUUUGCUGCUGGUCGCAGAUGACCUUUACAGCGUCACCGGUUUUGGAGACAGCGAGAUCAGGACCUCAAGCCGAGUAUUUUAUUGGCGAGUGCCUCUAGAAGUCUAGAGGUAUUCCUGGCGGAUAGCAUCUCUCCUCGGGGGGAGUCUCUUCUCCGUUUUGAGCCUCUAGUCCACUCUAACCUGAGGGGGUCGGCUCAACUAGAGGGCGUCUCUGAGACUCGGUCCUCGGCUCUAGUUAGCCGUUGUCGUGGGGGGUGGGCGCAGAACGAGCAGAAACAUCUGCGGUGCGGCCACGUCACCGACAUAUUUGUGUUUAUAUGAGUUUGUUUCCACAAAAUCGCCGUCGCUUCAUCGCAGUCGCCGUACCAGUGCGGCCCCGGUCUUAGUUAAAAGACAAUUUCUUGAUCAUUAUCAAAACUCCCCGAAAUUGUACAAAGUAACUGUGUAUAAGUAGUUUUACAAUACAAUGUUAUUACCUUAACAUAAGAUAUUAAUGAUCAUAACCAAUCUUAUCAUUGAUAUGUUUUUUUUUUAUCUUUAACAUCUUACAACAACGAACACUAGCUAAUAACAACCCUCUCAGACUAUGUAAUACUGAUGUAAAUAAAAUUACGUAAGUGAGGCCGCACACCGGAGCCACAGGGCACAUACACGCAACAUUUACCUUGCCACAAUAUGCACGCUACAUUUUGACACGCGAUAAAUGUGUCGCGUUUCAAAUGUGGCGCCACUAUUAUCCUAAUACAAUUUUAUGUCUGGUGUGCGGCCCGCCUAGGAGGCAGGUGCAAUAAGAAAUUCUUUAACAAUAUUAGGUUUAAUACUUCUCAAAAAAUAAUGAGGUACGUAACCAAAAAUGAUAAAAAAAGGAUUUACGCAUGUAUUUUUAAUACAAUAUCAUAUUUUAGGAAAAUCAAUAGAAAUUCUAACCUACAUUCACAGUUAAUGGUAAAACAAAGGUAUUAAAAUUAUCUGUGAUAUAAUAUUCAAAGAAGUAUUUCAAAAGAAGUGGAUUGUAACUUUAAUAAAGAUAUUUACUUUUUUUGUAAGUUUGACUUUAACUUAACUUUGUAAUGUAGAAAUAACUUUAAUAAGUAAACUACAUAAAUAAUUUUAUAACACAUUCAUAGAAUUAAGAUAAACUUUUUUGGGGCUUAUGUUUUUACGAUAUGUUAUGGCGCAUUCACAUUUGAUCGUUAGCCCGUAUUCGGGUGCACGGAAGAGAUUACUCGAAUUCUGGCACCCGAUGCAAUAUUUACAUUGAUUUUACUCGAAUACGGACUGGAAAACAGCGUCGGGUAACCUAAAAGGAAAAUUAUCCGAAUACGGGCGUACUUGAAUCUGUUCAUUUACACUUAGUAGUUUGUGCAAAUGGACAAGAAAUCUGCAAAAUUUUCCCACCAGGGGCGCUGUAAUCGCUUGACCCAAAACUUCUAUCAAAUACAUACCUAUUAGCUUAUAUUCAUUUUAAAGCUUCUUAUUAAACAAAUUACAAAUGCCGCAUUGUGCAAUUUCUGGUUGUUGUGCACGAAAACUGCACGCAUCCCGACUAAAAUAUAAUUUUAUGUUGCUUUGAAGGGGGGGGGG